AUGAACCCUGAUCACGAUCCAAUCUACCGUGCCGACUGCCCAAGCCGUGCCAUUCUCGAUCAAAUCGCAGACAAAUGGUCAAUGCUGGUUUUGAUGGUGUUACAUGAACCACGUCGCUUCAACGCCAUCAAACGGCGCCUUGAUGGUAUUACCCAACGUGUAUUGACACAGACACUUCGCAAGUUAGAACGCAAUGGUAUGCUGACACGCACCGUUAUAGAUGGGAAAACGCUAGGCGUGGAAUAUGCCUUGACGCCACUUGGUCAAUCACUCAAAUUGCCUUUUAACGCGCUCUACGACUGGACCGUCGAGAAUAUGGACACCAUUCAGGUGUGCCAAUCUCGCUAUGAUCAAUCUGAUGAUGCUAUUCGCACAGAUACCACUCAGGAAUCAGGCAUAACGUUGAAAUAA